UUGCAAAAAAUUAUUAUCAUUAUUUUUUUCACGAUUUUCAAUUUUAUUAUCACUGAGAUAUAAAUACAGAAAAGGAAAGUUAACACAGAACAGAAGACAACCACUGUGAACAUAAGUAACCACCACAAAAAAUCCAGGUGAAAAUAAACAAAAAAGAAAAUAAAAAUGGCAAAAAAUAUUAAAAUAUAUUUCGUGGCAAUUUUGGUAAUUUUAGCUUCUUUACAAAGUGAAGCUAUCAACAUUGAAGAUGUUGAAAAUGCAGCAAAAAAUGAAACACUUGUUGUUGAAAAAUUGAAGGAAGUAAUUUUAGGAUUAAAAGAUCUAAUGAAAGAAGGAAAUGAGACAUUAAAGGUUCCUGUAACUGAUCCUUUGGAAAUUGAUUCAAAGGAUCUUGAUAUAGACACAAGUCAAUUUCGAGGCCAUUUUUCAUUUGGAAGUGUAAAUAUCACCGGUUUGUCUGACUAUAUCGUAAACAAUGUUGCAUUUCGAAAUAAUGAUUUUCUUCUUCAAAUUGCACUCGAAUGGCCAAAAAUUAAUCUACUUGUUUCAAAUUAUAAUAUAUCUAAUGGUAAAAUAAUGAAAAUUUUCAAAGCCAAAGGAAGUGGAAGUGUAAGACUUGCUGCCAAAAAUAUCAAAUAUGCCAUUAAUUCAACGAUAGGAAUUAAUAGAAACGAUUCAACGCUUUAUUUGAAGGAUAUUGACAAUAAUAUUUCUAUUGGUAAUAAGGGUGAUAAAAAUUCAAUUGAGGUGGAGCAUUUGGGUAAAAAGAACAAAAGUAAUAUGCUUUCGAAAAUGCUUCUUAGAGUUUUAAACAAAAAUGCAGUUAAAAUGUUAAAUAAGAAUAAUAAACUCAUCGAAAGCAAAUUAAAGGAAAUAAUACAAUUGACAGUAAAUGAAUAUCUAAGGACGAAAACCUUAGAGCAACUAUAUGGACUUUUGUAAAUUUUUUCAAAUCUCCAUUUCUUCAAGAUUGUUAUAUUUAGAAGGAAGAAAAGAAAUCGCAUUCAAAAAAAUUUUUAUUUAUGGAAAAUUUAAUAUUAUAAUAUUAAUUAUUUAUAAAUAUUAAAUUAUUAAUAUAAAUAAUAUUUUUCAAUAACAAAUCAAAUAAAUAU